AACUUUGAAAUUAGGAGAUUAUCUAGAAAAACUAGUGAAAUCAUUAUCCAUGUAUAUUAAAGAGAUUAAAAUAUGGAUGGUUUUGCAAGGUUAUGAGGAUGAAGUAAAUUUAGAUGAUUUAUAUAAAUUCUUUAAUAAUAUUAAUUCCAGAAGCUUAUUUGUUCUUUUAGAAAUUGCUGUUCCUUAUAAUGAACAAGUGGUUUCUAUGAGUAUUCAAUUUGACGAAUUUGGAAAACCAAAAAAAAUCGAAAGCAAAAAUCUUAGAAAUUUUAGAAAUUAUAAUUAA